AUGAACAGCAAGCCCUUACUCACACUCCAANAGCUGGCAGCACAGAACCUUCUGAGGAAUGAGGCUUUGGCUAUCAGUGCUUUGCAGUACUUACCUGAACUAUUCUUACCACAACUGUUGAAGCAAGCCUACGAUGGUAAUCAUCUUAAGGUCCUGAGGGCAAUAGUAUCUUCCUGGCCUUUCCCUCGCCUCCCUCUUGGAGCUCUGAAGAAGAGAACACCCUACUUGGAGACUCAAUUACAAGUUGUCUUAGAGGAGGUUGAUAAGCUGCUUAUCCAGGAGGUUCACCCCAGGCAAGGAAGACUUAGCAGCUUGGAGAACCACAAAGGUUUUGGCCAUUGCUGUGCCAUNUUGGAAAGGGCUGUGGAGUAUGCAGGACUUAUGUUGAAUACAGCAGUAGCUGAAGGACUGCCCCUGCUUUCCAUGGCCAUCAACUCCAAGAACUGUCUGCUUUUUUUCCUCAUUAGGUCCAUGAAGACCUCCUUGAAUGAACUGGCAGUGACUCACUGUAAUCUCUCAGUAUCAGAAUGGAGCCAUCUUUCUGAGUUCCCAUGUGUCAGUCAGUUGCAACAACUGAAUUUGGAAAAUGUCAGAUUGACUGGUUUAAGUCCUGAACCUCUCCAAGUUCUGUUANUAAAAGCUGGANCCACCCUGGUGGNCUUGGACUUGGAGGANUGUCACCUUGAAGAUGGCCAGCUCUAUGCCAUCCUACCUGCCCUGAGCAAGUGCUUCAAGCUCACCAAGUUCAGCUUCUACGGGAACCAAAUCUCUAUGCUUGCCAUGAAGGACCUACUACACCACACUGCCAGCUUGAUAAAUCUAAGGCUGGAGCUAUACCCUGUUCCUCAGGACAGUUAUGACUACCAUGGUACUCCCCUCAUGCAAAGGAUGCAACAACAUUGUGAUGAGCUUAUGAAUCUACUGAAAACCAUUAGGAAUCCAGGCAGAGUCUUCUUUGGUACUGACCGCUGUGAUCAGUGCUGCAAUAGAUAUAUCUAUAACAAAACCAUUAUGUGUAAUUGUCAGAGAUCUUACUAG